CCUCUCCACUCACUUCAGUGUUUCAGGAGUUUAUGCAGUGUCUGCUGUUCAUAGAUGCACAGACAAUUAAAACUGGAAAACUACAGACUGAGCCUUUGGAUCACCUGUGAUUACUUUUGCUGUGAUGUGAUGUCGCUUGUUAAAUGGGACGUUUUGUAUCGGAUCGCUCAGGAUCGUGUGGGGACAUCAGGACAUGGAUCACAGGAUGUGUGUAUGAGUUGAGCUAGAGCUCAGGCCAGUAAUGGAGGCAGGACUGAACUGCAGCUCUCACUGUGAGUCUGGCGUCUGCUUCAUCGACCCAGGAGUGAACAGUCAGCUGGGCUGGGACGUCCUGCAGAGACUCUGUGCGCUCUCAGCGAGCGGUGUGGGUGUCCAGAGUCAGUCUCUGUCUCCUGCUCUUCGGGCUGUAGUCUGGACGCUGCUCUCUUGUGGGAUUCUGUUGGCUCUUUUCUUCCUCAUUUUCACUCUGCGCUUCAAAAACAACAGGAUAGUGAAGAUGUCCAGUCCCAAUCUGAAUGUGUUGACUCUCUGUGGCAGCCUCCUCACAUAUAGCAGCGGCUUCUUAUUCGCCGUGGAGGAGAGAGAUCCGCUGUCAGGAGCAGGAUCAAGAGCUGUCUUACAGGCGCAGAUGUGGACACUGUGUAUCGGCAGCUCUCUAGUGUUCGGACCCAUUCUUGGGAAAACAUGGCGGCUCUACAGAGUGUUCACUCAGCGCGUGCCUGAUAAGAGAGUGAUUAUUCGAGACAUCCAACUGAUGGGUUUGGUUGCGCUGCUGGUCCUAGUGGAUGUUGUUGUUCUGUCAACAUGGGGUCUGACGGAUCCGAUCAAGUGCUCUCGGUCUGUUAGUGCUACGGUGAAGGUAAUAGAGCUGGACGCAUCGUAUUCUCUGACCCAGCUAGACUCCUGUUCUUCUCUCUACUCGGACCUGUGGGUAAUCCUGCUCUCCGUGCUUAAGGGCAGCCUCCUCUUGUAUGGGACGUAUCUUGCCGGCCUGACAAGCAAUGUCAGCUUACCUCCAGUAAACCAGUCUAGGACCAUCAUGGGUGCUGUCUGCCUGGUGACCAUGUCGACCGCUGUGGCCGUGCCCGUCUCUCUUUACCUGUAUGCCUGGCCCAAUGUGGUCUACAGUGUAGUGUCUGGAGCCAUCUUCAUCUGUACAAUGGCCAUAAACUGCCUGCUGUUUGUCCCUCAACUGACCCAAUGGAGACAGUUUGAAGAGGAGACAAACUCACAUCCCAGUCAAAUGGCCAAAUACUUCAGUAGUCCUAGCAAGUCCACAAACUCCAUGUACAGCGAGGAUGAGAUCUAUUAUCUACUUGGUGAAAAUGACUCCAUGAAAAGACUCAUCAAUGAGAAGAAUGCUGUUAUUGACAGCCUACAGGAACAAGUGAACAACGCCAAGGACAAGUUGCUCAAACUGAUGACUGCUAGCCACCCCUUGGAUGAGGGAGAAAUGGACUCCUCCAACACUAACCUCAACUCCUCCUCCACUCAAACCACGGUGGUAUCUCCUGAUUCUCCAACCCUUCUUCUCCAGAAAUACUCAGAAGUUGCUCCCUCCAGAGCUCUCUCUCCACCUCCCUAUGUACCUCCUCCACCGCUUCCCACUCACACUACCUCAAAGCAAACGUCCCCUGAAGGCUCAGUAGCUACAAAUGUCCCGUCUUCUCCACCACACCUGAGGCUUCCACCUCCUAAAGUUGAGGUUGUGAGUCUGAAUGGAAACACAGAAGAUGGAACUCCAGCCGUGAACAAUAUCAGAAACUCAGGUCUUGGAAGAGAAAUUUUGGAGAAGCUUUCGGAUCAGGAAAAGUUAGCGCAGGGUUCCUCUUCUUUGGGUCCUGCUCGGUGUAGUUCACCUCAGGUUGAGUCUCCAGAGCCAUCAGCCUCCAUGGAGAUUCCAGGAAUGUCAUCAGUGGGACGACUGGGUUUUGUAACCAAUGAGCAGCUGGUGGAGAUCCUGCAGGACCUGAGUAUGGAUGCCAUAAGCAGUUCUGUCAAAUCGCCCGAUCGGGUUCGUAGCCCGUCCAUCAAGCCAGACGAUCUGAGCGUAACUCUUUCUCCUCGAUCUCCUCUACAGUUCAUUUUCCCCACCAUCUCACCCUAUCUCAUGCGUAAACGCAGACCUCCGUUUUACUCCUCGAGAGGUGGACCCCCCCCUUACUAUUUCCCAGGCUCGGUACCUCCAGGGCGCAGUAGGGCAUCAGCUCUACCAGACCAUGAAAAGUUGAGGGAUGAUGACUCUAAAACAACUCCCACCAGCAACCCUCAAAGACAUGACUUUUGGCAUGAGGGAAAGAGGAGAAAGAGGGACGAGAAAGCAAAGACUCGGCGUGGCUGUGGACAGGACAGUUGGGAAUAUUCUUCUCACAAAUGUUCCGUUACUCCAGGACAGGUUCCUCAGCCUGCCCCCGGUGGGCUGAUAGAGGGGGAGCCGUAUGACUACUCAGACUCAGACUCCAGCAGCUCAGAGGACUACUGUUACUACCAGCGGUCCUUCUGCGGGGCCUGUCAUCACCCCUAUGACUCCACAGACAGCCUCACCUCAGGGACCUCUGACAGCGAGGACGAGGACUUCUACCGCUCAACACGUCCUGUCGUGAACUUUAAAGUCGACCUUAAACCAACCUUUGUCUGAAUGGAUUGCACAUCCAUUAUUUAUAUAUGGGUCAAUGACGUGAUGCUCUUUUUGUUUUGUCUGAACCUUAUUAAGUUAUUUAGAUAUACACUAUAGUUUGUAAUAAUUGCAAUGUUGAUGUUUUUGAAAGAAGUCUCUUAAUGUCACUAAGGCUGCAUGUAUUUGCUCAAAAAUACAGUAAAACAGUAACAUUGUUAAAUAUGAUUACAAUACUUUU